UAAAAAGUGUGUUAAAGGGCAGGAGGCGGAGUGGCCUGUGUGGAGUGUGAGGGAGCUUUAGUCAGGUUUCAGCUCUGAAUUGUGUUAAGUUCUGGUCUGUGAAGGCGCUGUGAGGAGCUGGAAAAGUGCACAAUGCUGCAGAACACAGGAAAGCUGUCUGGUUGCACUCUGUUCAUCACCGGAGCGAGUCGAGGUAUCGGCAAAGCCAUCGCUCUUAAAGCUGCCCGAGACGGUGCGAACGUGGUGAUCGCAGCCAAAACUGCAGAGGCGCACCCUAAACUGCCCGGAACCAUCUACACGACUGCUGAGGAAAUUGAAGCGGCCGGAGGGAAAGCUCUGCCGUGUGUCGUGGAUGUUCGUGAUGAGAAGCAGGUGAGCGAGGCGGUGGAGAAAACCUUGCAGAAAUUCAAAGGGAUCGACAUCUUGGUGAACAACGCCAGUGCCAUUAACCUGACGGGAACGCUGGACACGCCCAUGAAGAAAGUGGACCUCAUGUUGGACAUCAAUCUGAGGGGAACGUAUCUGACGUCUAAACUGUGCAUCCCACAUCUGUUAAAGAGUAAAAACCCUCACAUCCUCAACCUCAGUCCUCCUCUCAACCUCAAUCCCAUCUGGUUUAAGAACCACACAGCUUACACUAUGGCCAAAUACGGCAUGUCCAUGUGUGUCCUUGGGAUGGCUGAAGAAUUCCGUGGCUCCAUCGCUGUUAAUGCGCUGUGGCCUCGUACAGCCAUUAUGACGGCGGCGAUGGAGAUGCUCGGGGGAUCGGGCGUGGGGAAACAGUGCAGGAAGGUGGACAUCAUGGCCGACGCUGCUUACGCCGUCCUCAGCAAACCCGUCAGCUACACAGGACACUUCAUCAUAGACGAGGACAUCCUCAGGACAGAGGGCAUUAAAGACUUGGACGUGUAUGCAGUGCAGCCAGGUCAUCCGCUGCUUCCUGACUUCUUCCUGGAUGAAGAUCCUGAAACACUCGAGAAGCAGAUGCAGGAUCACGGUGCCACUCCUGCUUUCCAGGCAGGGAAGACGAGUGCAGAAGCUCCCUCCAACCCCAUUGCUGAGUUGUUUACUGUGAUUAAAGGUGUGGUCAGCCCUGAGAUGGUCAAAUCCACACAGGGGGUCUACAGAUUCCAGCUGUCUGGAGAACACGCUGGAGUUUGGUACAUCGACCUGAAGAAUGGUGCAGGUGGAGCAGGGAGUGGAGAACCUCCAGUUACAGCAAAUGUGGAGAUGAGCAUGGACAGUGAUGACUUCAUCAAGAUGUUUGCAGGGAAAUUAAAACCCACGAUGGCCUUCAUGUCUGGGAAGCUGCAGAUUAAAGGGGACAUGGCUCUGGCCAUCAAAAUGGAGAAGAUGAUGGCGCUGAUGAACAAGUCCAAGCUGUAAUCAGAAAUGUUGUUCUGUGUUAAUUAAGGUUCAUGAUCACUGAGGGGGUUACAAACCGAUCUCCAUCACGGGUUCUGUUAAUCCCUCAGCCGACACGACCGCAGACAGUUUCUGAUUUUUCAUACAAAUUCAUCCUGCCUUCAUUUUUAUAGAUUUUAUAGGGAACACUGUAGAAAAGAAACAGUUGAGUAUAAGUUCACAACCCUACCCCAUUAAUGUGUCUUCAGGUUCACAGACGAUCCUUCAGGAAGUGUGUUCUGAUAUUAACUGUGAAUAAAAUGUACAUAAUGUUUCUGA